AAGGAUGUUAAAAUGGUCCAAAUACUUGGUUUCCACAAGUGAUGCUCUAAUUAAAUUGCACAGAAAAGAUUCACUGUCCUGCGGUUUCAAAUGGUUGAGUUCUCUUUUACUUCUUAGUGCAAUAAUGAUUUGGUUUGGAGCGCAGGGCUCCGCCGCGGCUCCUCUGACCUGCGAGAGGAGCUGUUACUCCGGCACCUGCGUGAACGGGAGCUGCGUGUGUGACCACGGCUGGGUGGGGGACCGGUGCCAACACUGCCAGGGUCGGUUCAGGAUCACAGAGCAGUCAGGUUCUCUCACAGACGGACCACAAAACUACAAGUACAAGACCAAGUGCACCUGGCUCCUGCAGGGCGCGCCAAACUCAGUGCUGCGUCUGCGCUUCACUCACUUUGCCACAGAGUGCAGCUGGGACCACAUGUACGUGUACGACGGAGACUCCAUCUUCUCUCCGCUCGCCGCCGUCUUCAGUGGCCUGGUGGUCCCAGAGAACCGAGGGAACGAGUCUGUCCCAGAAGUGGUCACUACCUCUGGAUACGCCCUACUGCACUUCUUCAGCGACGCAGCCUACAACCUGACUGGCUUCAACAUCCAGUACUCGCUGAACUCAUGCCCUUAUAACUGCUCUGGACGUGGGCACUGCAGAGUGCUGAGCCUGGGCACAGGGCGGGUCUACUGUGACUGUGAGGAGCACUGGAAGGGAGACGCCUGCCACAUCCCCUACUGCCCCAACAACUGUGGCAGCCCCGAGCACGGCUACUGCGACCUGACCGGAGAGAAGCUCUGUGUGUGCAACGACAGCUGGCAAGGUCCAGACUGUUCCCUGCCCGUCCCCUCGGCUGAUGCAUUCUGGGAGCUGCCCAGCGUGAAGCCCUCCCCCCUGUCCCUGGGCCGGGCGUCCCAUCAGGCCGUGCUGCACCGGGGGCUCAUGUGGGUGGUGGGGGGUUACUCCUUCAACUACUCCAACUACCACAUGCUCCUCAAUUAUGCUGUGGACAGUGGGACGUGGGACAUGGUAACAGUCGGCUCUGGUCCUCUGUACAGAUAUGGACACUCUCUGGCCCUGCACCAGGACGAUCUCUACAUGUUUGGGGGUAAGCUGGAGCAGGGAGCGGCGAACGUUAGCGACGAGCUGUGGGUGUUUAACAUCCCCAGACGUGUGUGGACCCCCGUCAGGCCGACCCCGGGGCCCCUCUGCCCUCUGGAGGGACACAGUGCCCACAUAGUCUCCCGGGAGGACGGCCAGACGGUCAUGCUUGUGUUUUUCGGCUACUCUCCGGUCUGCGGCUACCUCAACCAAGUGCAAGAGUACCACAUCGGUGACAAGUCGUGGCGGGUGCUGUCCACUCGGGGCGCCGUGGUGCGGGGCGGGUAUGGCCACAGCAGUGUGUACGACGAGGGCAGUGGCAGUGUGUUUGUGCAUGGAGGAUACAAGGCUCUGGGACACAACAAGUACGGCCUGGUGGACCACCUGUACCGAUACCACGUGCCCUCCAGGACAUGGUGGAUUCUUAAAGAAAGCGGUCUGGCGCGGUACCUCCACAGGAUGGCGCUACUGAGCGGGACUCUGCUGGUGUUCGGAGGAAACACUCACAAUGACACGUCCCUCAGCCAUGGAGCCAAGUGCUUCUCUGCAGACCUCCUCAGCUAUGACCUGGCCUGUGACCAGUGGACUGUCCUCCCCACACCAGCUCUGCCUCUGGACGUCCAGCGCUUCGGACAAUCGGCUGUGGUCAGCAACAGCUCUAUGUACAUCUUUGGUGGAUUCUCUGGCGUCCUGCUGAGUGACGUCCUGCUCUACACUGCCCCCUCCUGUCUGGCCUUCUCUGACCCUGCCCGCUGUGCCAGGGCUGGACCGGGUGUACGCUGCCACUGGGUCGAAGGGUCGUGUAUCGCCUGGCAACCACAGUCACAUGACCUGAGCACCCGAGCUCCGUUCUGCCCGCCCCGACCAGCGAGCGCAGACGAGCAGUGCCUCCUGCUGGCAGACUGUGGCAGCUGCGUGUCCAGCUCUCGGGGCUGUCAGUGGUGUGAGGAGCACCGCUGCAUCUCUGCUCACACUAACUGCACUGUGUUGAGUGUGGAGGCGUCACUGCAGCAGACAGGGGGCGCUCUCUCCCUGGCCCCUCCCUCUUCACUGUCCGAGCAGCAGCUGAGCCUGUGGAAGCACGGAGCCCAGAGGAGGGGCCAUUCGGUGAGGGAGUGGGCGUGGUGCCAGCACACACAGGAGCAGGACUGUCUCUCUCUGAACACCUGCAGGAGCUGCUCUCUCAGGCCUCACUGUCAGUGGGACGGGCAGCAGCAGGAGUGCCAGCCUCUACCAGGUGAGGUGUGUGACGAGGGCUGGCACCAUGUUGGAGAGUCCUGUCUGAAGAUCAACUCCAGCUCCGACACUUAUGACAACGGGCAGCACUUCUGUAAGAACCAGGGCGGGAACAUGGCCUCUCUGCUGAGCCACACUCAGGUCGGCCACAUCCUGGAGCAGCUCAGCAAGCACCAGCAGCUCGGCAAGAAGCUGUCCCCUUGGGUCGGCCUGAGGAAGAUAAACGUGUCGUACUGGGCGUGGGAGGACAUGUCCCCGUUCACCAAUAGCAGCCUGCGCUGGUUACCGGGGGAACCGAGCGACGCCGGGUUCUGUGCGUACAUGGAGCGGGCGGAGGGAGCAUCGCUGAAGGCUAAACCCUGCACCGCUAACGCUAAUGGACUGAUCUGUGAGAAAGCUGCAGUGUUGGAGAGCCCGGUGCCGCGGCCCUGCAGACUGCCCUGCUCCCUCAGGACGGGCUGUAAGCAGUGCACAGGUCAGCCCAUGGAGUGUAUGUGGUGUGGAAGCACUCAGCGCUGUGUGGACGCCUCCGCCUACGUCCUGUCCUUCCCCUAUGGACAGUGUCUGGAGUGGGAGACGCAGGACUGUGCUGCUGAGACCUGCUCCGCCCUGCGCACCUGCUCCGAGUGCCUGCAGAGGGCGCAGUGCGGCUGGUGUGGUGACCCCUCUGACACUGGGAGAGGCGUGUGUAUGGAGGGCUCCUACAGAGGGCCCCUGAGGCCCCUGACCUCCAGCAGCAGACAAGGGCCCGGGGCUCCAGGACUGAGGGCCUUUCACAUGGAGCUGGACCAGAGUCUGUGUGACGCAGAGAGAGGAUUCUACUGGAGCUUCAUACAGUGUCCUGCGUGCCAGUGUAACGGGCACAGCCGCUGUGCCAACACCAGUGUGUGUGAACGCUGUGAGAACCUCACCACAGGAGCUCACUGUGAGAGCUGUGUGCCUGGGCACUACGGGGACCCCACCAACGGAGGACACUGCCAGGCGUGUGAGUGCAACAGCCAUGCCAGUGUGUGCCACACGGGCACAGGGAAGUGUCACUGCACCACCAAGGGCAUCAAGGGAGACCAGUGCCAGCUGUGUGAUUCAGAGAACCGUUACCUUGGCAACCCGCUGAGAGGAACAUGCUACUAUAACCUGCUGAUCGAUUACCAGUUCACCUUCAGCCUGCUGCAGGAGGACGACCACCACUACACUGCUAUCAACUUCAUGGCCAGUCCAGAGCAGAUCAGUAAGAACCUGGACAUGUCCAUCAACGCCUCCAACAACUUCAACCUGAACAUCAGCUGGUCCCUCAGCUCCACAGCGGGGACCAUCUCAGGAGAGGAGCUGACCGUCAUCUCCAGAACCAACAUCAGGGAGCACCGAGACUCCUUCUCCUGCGACAAGUUCAACUUCAGAGUCCACCACAACAUCACCUUCUACGUCUACCUGUCCAACUUCAGCUGGCCAAUCAAGAUACAGAUCGCGUUCUCUCAGCACAACUCCAUCAUGGACCUGGUGCAGUUCUUCGUCACUUUCUUCAGCUGUUUCCUGUCUCUGCUGCUGGGGGCCGCUGUGCUGUGGAAGAUCAAGCAGACCUGCUGGGCCUCAAGACGCCGAGAGGCGCUGAUGAGGGAACGGCAGCAGAUGGCCAGCCGCCCCUUCGCUUCGGUCGCCGUGGCGCUGGAGGUGGGCGAGGACCAGGAGGAGGGGGAGCUCCUGCAGCAGCAACAACACGCGGUGCCCAAACCCGUUGCAGUGGAGCCGUGUUGGGGAAGCAGAGCUGGGGUCCUCACACUUUUGCUCAACCUGCCCCGACUGAGCACAGGGACGCCCCCUCCUGGACAGUCAGGUCUGGCUCUGGUCAGUGCUCUGGUGGACACGUCUCUUCAGAGGAGCAUGGACUUUAAAGACAGAGGACUGAAGCAGCGCAGACAUACUGUCCACCACCAGGGGACGAGCGUCUGA